GCUGGCCUUGACGGAGGAGGGCCAUGAUGCUAAAUUACACCGUUUCUUUGUACGUGGGUAGAGUAGAGACACGAGAAAGCACGCUUCUCUGACAGACCCACAGACACACCGCUGACUCGUCGUGGCUGAGCCCGGCCGGUAUCAGACCACAGAGCGGACCGAACAGAGAGAGGAACGGACCCGCGGGAAAGUGGGAAGCCCCGAGUGAGGAAGAAGAAAGAGGAAACUUAGCCAACGAUGUCUGGGCUCAAGAAAAGAAACUCCAAUUCCUCGGCAGACAGGGAGGAGGACAAGCAGGUUACGGAGAGGAUGCUGUCCCCGGGCAGCGGGGAUAAGGACGACUCCAACCGGGGUGGAGCACCGGGAGGCGACGCCAAGAGCCCCGACAACGCCGCCGGAGGAGAGGAGGGGGUCACGCUGAAGAGGACCAUCACCCUGGUGAACGGCGUGGCCAUCAUUGUUGGCACCAUCAUAGGCUCGGGCAUCUUCGUCACACCGACCGGCGUGGUGAAGGAGGCCGGCUCGGUGGGUCUGUCCCUGGUCGUGUGGGCGGUGUGUGGGGUGUUCUCCACGGUGGGAGCCCUCUGCUACGCGGAGCUGGGGACCACCAUCAGCAAGUCCGGGGGAGACUAUGCCUACAUCCUGGAGGUGUACGGCUCCCUGCCGGCUUUCCUCAAACUCUGGAUCGAGUUGCUCAUCAUCCGGCCGUCCUCGCAGUACAUCGUCGCCUACGUUUUCGCCACCUACCUCAUCAAGCCCCUGUUCCCCGUGUGCCCGGUGCCGGAGAACGGGGCCAAGGUCGUGGCCUGCCUCUGCAUCC